CCCUUUGUCUAAUAGGCCUAUUACAUUUUAUCUAAAGAUCUGAAACCGUUCAGUGAGGCAAAUAUGCAAAUAUGCACAUACAUUUUAUGCGGAAAUUCUUAAUGCUUUUGGCGGCCUUGGUAUGAAAAAAAAGUUUCAGCAUUUGCAUCGUGUCACAAAAUAAACGUAACAUUUUCGUUAGUAGCAAGUUCCAUCAGUUAGUAGCAAGUUCCAUCAGGUGUCAGAACUGACACAACACCAUACGCACCCGCAGAGACGCGGCCACGAAUUCACAGGUUUAAAAUCAGGAAGUGGACGCAAAGCAAACAAGGGAAACUGAAAUUUCGUUGCACAUUGUCGGGGUAAAUGCUUUCAUUUUAGCACAAUGUCUCGUGUAUUUGCCCGAUCGAUGCACGGAUUACAGUACUAAAUUUAGUUUCGCGCGUCACGGUCUUUGGGUCAACAACUCAAUGACAUUUUUACAAUGAACAGUAACGUUAAGAUAACCCAGUCAAGCGCGAUUCGUGCGGAGGUGAAGCGGCACGAUGCCCUGAAAAACACAAUCAACAGACUCUUCAAGCAACUCGAAAGAGUCGGAGAUGAGCAGCUUCGAUCAGGCCUGAAGUUGUAUCUCCACAGCAUCCAAGCAUCCUGCGCUCUCAGUCAGGAGUGGACUCUGAGCCGCUCAGUCCCGGAGCUGCAUCUGGGGGUUCUGGGUAGCCGACGCAGCGGAAAAUCCGCUCUGGUCCACAAAUUCACCACUGGGGCCUACCUUCCCCUGGAGAACCAAGAAGGAGGCAGGUAUAAGAAGGAGGUGCUAGCAGAUGGUCAGAGUCACCUGCUGCUGAUCAGAGAGGAGUCAACGCUGCCAGAUGCACAGUUCUGCAGCUGGGUGGAUGCAGUUAUCCUGGUGUUCAGCCUGGAGAACGAGGCCAGCUUCCAGGAGGUCUACAAGAACUACAGCCAUCUUUGUGCACACCGCAAUAUCGCGGAGAUUCCUCUAAUCGUGGUUGGAACCCAGGAUAAGAUCAGCAACACAAACCCACGGGUGAUCGAGGACGCUCGCGCUCGCCAGCUGUGUUCAGACGUGCGUCGCUGCUCGUACUACGAGACCUGCGCCACCUACGGGCUGAAUGUGGAGCGCGUCUUCACUGAGGCUGCCCAGAGGGUGGCAGUGAUGAAAAGGCAGAUGUCUAUUGCUGCCCCCUGUAAAUCCCUCCCCAGCUCCCCCAGCCACUCAGGAGCCUCCACCCCGGUGUCCGGAGCCUACCCUGGACAGGCCAGUAAUGGGGCCCAGAGCAGUGACUACUCGUCCUCCCUCCCCUCCACACCGGUGGUCAGCCAUAAGGACAUGGGGAGGGGCGUGGCGGGGGGGGACGCGGGCGGGAGCGCCACCCCAGGGCCCCAGCGUAACGUGCCCCGGAGACGCACCUCCCUCUUCACAAACCGCCGGGGUAGCGACUCAGAGAAGCGUGCUUCGGACAGCAAGGCGGACCCUAGCGUCGGGAGGGGAACCCCCAUUAGACAGGGCUUUCUAUGGAAGCGGAGUGGGAGCUCACUCAAUAAGGAGUGGAAGAAGAAGUACGUCACGCUGGCCAGUAACGGGAUGCUGGCCUACCACACCAGCGUCAACGACUACACGCAGAACGUCCACGGAAAGGAGAUGGAUCUGUUGCGGGUGACGGUGAAGGUGCCGGGGAAGCGCCCGCCCCGCGCCGUCAUUUCCGCCGCCCCGUCGCCCGGCCUCAACGGCGUGGUCAAGGACACGCCCCCCGGGCCCGAGGGGGCCGCUACGGUUCCUGUUUCUUCUCCCACUGCCCUCCUGACGGUGGACGAGGGGGGCGGGUCCGGCCCGUCCCCGCGGGCGGACAAGGUGCUGAAGCGCUGUCCCUCCACGCUGUCCAAUAAGGCUGUGAGCAUGGACACCGCUGCCGAGGCGACGGCCAGCCCUGCCGCCAGAGACCGCGCCCCCUCCUCCCCGGCAGCCGAGAGGAAGAAGCACAGGAGGAAGAAGAGCAUGAGUCAGAAAGGAGAUUCCGCACUUGGGCAGGCAGAGGCCAAGCGCAAAAUGUGGAAAUUGAAAAACUUUGGUAGUUUGAGAAACAUUUACAAGACAGAGGAGGAGAACGCAGACUUCAUUAUGGUGUCCAGCUCGGGCCAGAUGUGGCACUUUGAGGCACAGAGCAUGGAGGACCGGGAUGCCUGGGUCCAGGCCAUCGAGAGCCAGAUCCUGGCCAGCCUGCAGUCCUGUGAGAGCAGCAGAAACAAGGCGCGGAGGAACAGCCAGAGUGAAGCGGUAGCGGUACAGGCAAUCCGUAAUGCCAGGGGCAACGGCCAGUGUGUGGACUGCGGAGCACCCAACCCGACGUGGGCCAGCCUGAACCUGGGGGCGCUGAUCUGCAUCGAGUGCUCGGGGAUCCACCGGAACCUGGGCACCCACCUGUCGCGCGUGCGCUCGCUGGACCUGGACGACUGGCCGCGCGAGCUCACCCUGGUCCUCAGCGCCAUCGGCAACCACACCGCCAACAACGUGUGGGAGAGCCGCACCCUGGGCCACCAGAAGCCCCGGCCCGACGCCUCGCGAGAGGAGCGGGAGUCCUGGAUCCGGGCCAAGUACGAGCAGAAGCUGUUUGUGGCGCCGUUGCCGGCGGCGAUGGGGAGCGCGGCCACCCGGCUGCUCUCGGCGGUGACCCAGAGGGACCUGCCCGCCCUCCUCCUCCUGCUGGCCCACAGCACCAAGGAGGAGAUCAACGCCCCCACCACGCCCGCCACGCCCACCACGCCCACCACGCCCACCGCCACCAGCCCCCGCCACGUCCGCACCGCCCUGCACGCCGCCUGCCAGCUCGGCGACGUGGUCAUGACCCAGCUGCUGGUCUGGUACGGGAGCGAUGUGAAGGGGCGGGACUCCCUGGGCCAGAGCGCCCUCACCCUGGCGCGACAGUCGGGCAGCCAGGAGUGCGCCGACAUCCUGCUCCAGCACGGCUGCCCCAACGACGCCCCCCCCGCCCUCCUCACGCCUGGUCUGCGCCGCAAGAGCAGCACCGCCAGCCUGAGCCGCGCCAACUCCAGGAGAGGGGUGUCCUAACUCCCCCUGGGCCCGAAUGGUUAGCUCAGCAGCCGUUUCUCGUGGAGAAAGGGGAGUCGGAAUCGGCUGCUGUCCUGAAGGUGAAUGGAUCCUUGCACUUGUCUUCACAAGACUCUUGUGUGUGUGUCUGUGCCUUUGCACAGAUGGAUUUCUAUGUUUUAAAAAAAAAUCAUAUUAAGACUUUUUGAAUUCAAAACUGAACCAACAACAGGGAGAGCCUGCCAAAAAGACUCUCAAAACAGAAGACCAGGCACGACUAUACUUACAAAUGAAAAGCACAGAAACAAUUUAACAAAACAAAAGCAAUAGAUGUUUUCUCUGACUGAUGUGGAUUGCCAUUUGGUGGCUAUCUGUCGCCAUAUUGGUUUUUUUUUGUUUUUUUUGUUUGGCAAAGCUGAUGUAUUGCGUUAAAGAAAUUGCUGAACAUUCAAAGGAUUCAAAGCACAAGCAAACGACGCGUCACCAGGCAAGGCUCCGUGUUCAGGCCCCGUGGCCUUUGGGCGUCCGUGACCUCACUUCCUGCUCACCUGCGUGGGAAUCCCAGAGCACGCCUACUGGACUGCUUCUCAUCCUUCCGCACAUACGCUAGUCCUCUCUAUUUCACGCUUGCCCCCAGACAAGAUUCGCUUCAACCGUUCAACCACACCGACUCCAACCCCGUGCAUGCAAGCACCAGCAAGACACAGAGAGAAGUAAAGUAACACAAGGAAUUAUUUGGAUCUGUUUUCAGAAGAUUCACUUCCACAGAAAGAAGGAGAAAGAUCUGGAAUGGGGACUGAAAUCUGUAUUUCAGGAUAAAUUCCUCGGAGCCUUGAGCGUUAGCUUUCGGUCAUGCUAAACCGGUCAGCCGCCAGUGUGACUGGGACGUGUGAGUGAUGUGAACAGGACGUGUGAGUGAUGUGAACAGGACAUGUGAGUGAUGUGAACAGGAUGCCCAGUUCUGGAGGCUCUCAGUGUCUUUAAACCCCCCAGCGUAGUGUACAGUCCUGUGCAAAAGUCUUAGGUAUCUGUAAAAAAAAAAAUGCUGUACAGCUAAGAUGCUUUCAAAAAUAAUGAAAUGAAAGGUUAUAAGUAUCGAAGAAAAUAAUAUAAAGAGCAGUAAAUAGUUAAAAAUUAAAUGAAAUCAAUGUUUGGUGUGACCACCCUUCGCCUUUAAAACUAUAUCAAUUCUCUUAGGUACACUGUCCGGAAGUUUUAUAAGAAAAUCGGCUGGUAGGUUGUUCCAAGCAUUUUGGAGAACUUGCCACAGUUCUUCUGCAGAUUUUGGCUGUUUCGCUUGCUUCUGGCUCUCCAGGUAAUCCCAGAGACCCUUGAUCAAGUUCUUAUCUGAAAAGUAGUCUGUUACUUAAAAUAUUACUUUAUUUAACAAAAUACAAAAAUGUAUCUGUAAAAUUUCAUUUUUUGGAAAAUUCAUGUUUGGAAAUCUCAAAUUUGCUCUUUUCUACUGACACACUAAUGCAGAAAACAAAAAAUAAACAUCUAGGACUAAAUAUAUACUAUAUAUUAUAUUUAAAAAUCUAGGGUGCCUAAGACUUUUGCACAGUACUGUAUGUGCUCUGAUCCCAUUACAUCCUCAAUUAAAUCAUAAAUAGUGUUUUUAACAAUUCCAUUAUGUGGACUUUUUUAAAAUUGGUAUUGUAAAUUUAAUUUUGUUUAAUGGUUGUUUCAGUGUCGUAUGUCUUCUUUCCUUCAGCCACUUAUUUGGUAUAAUCUUUUCAUCGCUGCAAGCUGUUUGUUCAAAUCACUUCUGAAAAAGUGAACAGGAGGGGAACAAGGACAGAUCAUGUUACCUUUCUAUAUUUAUUAAACGUUUCGAGCACUUCUGGGUCACAAGGAAGGAUGGAUGCAUUAUUCAAGUAUUCAAACGCAGCCUUGGUUUUGUUGGGUCUAAAAUGGUGGCAGAUUUUAAGCUGAUAACAAAAACCAGGGUUAUCUGCGGUCCUCCAGAGCCUGGGUUGACCUAUCGGUCUCUGCCUCCUCUGAAACCUGAUUGGUUACCCCCUUUGGAACAGAUGGUCAGUCUCUGCCCCGCUGAAACCUGAUUGGCCACCGCUUUUGGAACAGACGAUCAAUGGGGGUGUGGGGAUCUGACCCCAAAGGCAGACAUCCCUGUCUCACAGCUCUGUAUCCUCAUGGAGCUCGAGUCAGUGCAAUAAGCCAGUUGGUCAUAUGACAGAAUAAAUUUUAAAAAUUUGAAAUAUGAAAUCCGACAUUAAGAAUGAGGAUUGUAUGCUUUUUAUUUUUAGGUUUUUUUUUUUUAUAUAUUAAAUUUUUAUAUUAAGAAUUGCCUGUUUUUGUUUGUUUGCAUAUAAGAGAAGGCAAAGUGAAGUUAUGAGCAAUGACAGACGUCCUUGUUGAAGUAAAUGCGUUCCAAUUUGUGUGCGUUUUUUUAACCCAUAGAGGCAGGGAAAAUGUAACACUCGUUUUGUAACACUGUGAACGUAGAAAGAAGACAGAAGACCAGCCGACCCUUUUUCUAGUCCGAUGUCAUUCCGUGCUGUAAUUGCAGGCCAGCAGAUAGUAUCGUCAGUGUUUUCAGCCAACCGGCAAAUUCUGUCAUCACAGUAAACAGUAUUAUAGUAAUUAAGUAUUUCAGUAGAAUGCAGUAGUAAUUGCAUUGGUCUAGACCAACUGUUCUCUAUUAAAGGCACAGCGUUUGGUUUAACAGCUGUUCUUUAAAAAGAGAGCGAUGAUGAAUUGUACAGCUAUAUAGUUAUAUUGUUAUUACUGCUGUUCUUGUCACGGUUGAUAAUGUAUGUACAGCAUUGUAAUUGUACGUAAAUAAAGUUUGUAUGAAUAUCU